AUGUCGAAUGAUGAUAAACAUAAAUCUAGUGACCCCAGGAAUGAGCCCAAAUACUGCGAUCCUAGGUGUGAACCAAAGUGUGAGUCCAAAUGCCAGCCCAGCUGUUUAAAGAAGCUGCUGCAGCGCUGCUCUGACAAGUGCCCACGAGAAAAGUGUCCACCGCCAAAGUGCUCGUGUCCCCCACCAUGCCCCCCAUGUCCUCCGCCAUGCCCCCCACCGUGCCCUGUGCCAUGUCCUCCCAAGCCCUGUGCCAAGCCCUGCUCUCCCAAGUGCCCACCUCCUUGCCCACCUCCUUGCCCACCUCCUUGCCCACCCCCAGAGUGA